UUUCCUUUCACCUUUUUUUCAUCGUGAGUUGUUUCGCGCAGUUGCUUUCUUUUCCAUAUUUUCCAGGUUAAUAAUUUAUAUUCCAUAUACGCAUUUUUUUUAUAUAUCUGUUAUUCUUUUUUCUUUUAUUAAUAUUCACAUUUUUUGCGCUUCUUUAUUUCAAUAAAAACACAGUCAUGGCCGUGGCCACAGUAUUAUUCCGCCGCCUGCGGAGUUUCUUGGAUCUUAUUCAGUCACCAGCAUUUUUCAAAGAGCUUAUGCGGACACUGCUGGCCUGGGGAGUACUUUUUAUCGUUGGUAUAUGGAUGGUCAUCUGCCAGCAGUGGUCUGAUAUGCGGUGGGUGCGGCGAAUCCAGCAAAUCCAGCAGCAGCAGUCCGAAUACUCACCACUCGCAGGCAGCACCAGCAGCAGCAGCGCUAGUGAUUCUGCUGCCACUCCGAGUCCGCCGUGGCCAGCCCAUCUGAUGAUCCAAGACCAGUUUCUCGAAAUGCUGCCGCUGCUGAAGCAGGCGUGGAUAUCAGACAAACUCGUUGGGUCCUCGGUCAUCAUUUGCAUUAUCGGAUGCUCGGUGCUGGCCACUGGGUGGAGACAGCGUCUGACGCUUAUUCGCCGCAUAGCAUGGAUGGUGGCCAUUCUGUAUUUCAUCCGCUCCAUCACAAUAUCCGUCACAACGCUGCCCCCGUCCAUAAAUACAUGUGAGAUCACAGUGCCACAGAGUAUGUGGCAGGUUAUCAAGGCCACGCCUGAUAUUCUCGCUGGGAAUAUCGGCCAGUGCACGGACAAGAUAUUUUCUGGACACACUGCGAUUCUUGUCAUUUCAACACUCUUUUGGCUGAGAUAUGCCACCCACUGGGCGUUUAUCGCAUAUAGUGUGGUGCACACAUUUAUUGGUAUCAUGAGUGUUCUGACAACCAGGUAUCACUAUACGGUCGAUGUGGUUUUGGGUUUUUUGCUUACAUAUUUUGUCCACCACGUGUACUAUACUGCGCUCGACCAGGCCAUCAGACAGCGUGAUAUGGUUCGUGGACAGGCAUUGGCCUGGGCAAAAUUCCGCCCGUCACAGCACAGGGCCGAGGACGCCGACGAGGGCGUUGAUACUGGUGGGGGGCUCGAUUGCCACGACAACUACAAAAUGACCGUGUUUGUGCGCAACGCCAGUGCCAACGCAACUCAGGACGCCGAGAACGCCUCAUGGCGGGACUACGACAGUGCUGUCGGAAUAGAUAUCAGCGGCAGAAACACGCCAAUGGCCCAGCACAACACGCAAAGAAACGGGCUGUGCCAAACAGUCGAUAUCAUCGAUGAGUCGUUGUUUGUCGUGCGGAAGCGUGAGACAUCCUCGGCUACGGCACUUUCGGAGGCAGGUGAAACUUCCUCGGCAAUUGACCACAUGGUAGCGCGCACUCCGGUUUCGCAGCAUUCUUCGUCCCCGCGUUGCUGCGCCAGCAACCAGGGAAGUAGUACGGCUAUUUCCCCACAACAUGAGAUUUUUAUUGCCGACUCGGCGUAUGAUGUUAAUCAGGCGAGCAGCGGUGGACAGCGGGGGUCGGAUGACCGUGCGUUGUUUUUGCCUCGUGGUAACCAUGACCACACGGAUGAUGGCUUGUACCGGAUGCCAAUGCUCCAGCAGAUGCAGGCUAAUAGCACCUCUCCGCAUAGACUGGAUGUCAUGGGCAUCAACCGCUCGUUUGGCUCUGUGUUGCCUGCCGUAGUUGCCUGGAUGGAUGGCCUUGAUAUUCGGUACAACACGUCGGCAUAAACUCUUUUUUUCUUAACUCGGUGUACUUGUGCUAUUUAUAAUAAUAUCAACUGCUGAAGUAUCA